UGUAGGCUACACAUCAAACGUCACCGAGUCCUGUUUAGCAGCAGUUUAUCCUCCUCAACAGCUUUUAGAAGAGGAACGACACUUUUAAUGAACUAAGGAACUAUGGCGAAAACUAUUAAAGAUCACCUGCAAGAUACUUUUGAUGAUCUGGGGGAGGAAAAUCAGAAAAGGUUUAAAAGCAAACUGUGCGACCGGAAGACAGAGCCUCGCGUACGACGAGCUGCAAUCGAAAAAGCUAAGGAUUCUAUAGAUCUCGCCGAUUUAAUGGUGAACACUUUCACAUCGACUGGUGCUGUUCCUGUAACAAUCGAAAUUUUACAGGCUAUUUGCUGUAAUCAACAAGCAACGGAGUUCAAAGAGAACACAGGACAAUAUACAAGCGAAUUAGCUGUAGUCUUCAUUAACAACCUAAUCCAUAUAUAUAUAGUUUCUGUGCACGUGUAUGAAUGUGCAACGUGGAGAUUUACUGUAAGAGUAUCAUUAACUUUAACUUGUUUUUCAGCAGCUCCACUUGUUCCUUUACCAGGCCCAGGCGCUCCAUCUAUUGAGCACUUCAUCGACAGGAAUCGGACAAAGCUGAGAAGACGAGUGUAUAACGUAGAUGCCAUCCUAGAUGAACUUCUAGACAAGAAAGUCAUCACAGAGGAGGUUUACAGUAACAUCCGUGCUGAGAAAACCCCACAAAUCAAGAUGAGAGAAUUAUUAAUGGGCCCAAUUAAAUCUGCUGGCACUAAAGGGAAAGAUGCCUUAUACAAAGCUCUCAAGGACACUGAUGUUUGCUUGAUAGAAGACCUGGAGCAUCAGUGAAAACGCCUGGAUAUUUUUACAUUUAAUGUUUUUUAUUUACUUGUUGUCUAAUUAGUAUACAGGAUACAUAACGAAAGCAAGGAACUUCCAUUUCACAAUAACAGCAAACAAAUGGUGUUUUAACAUUUUAACUUGCCAUUGUUUGAAUGUUGUUUCCCAUACUUUUUUCUUUUGUCUUAUCUUUUUAUCACCAGUCAAUAAAUAAGCAAAUCAAGAAACCAGAUGAUUUUUAUUUUAUUUUUCGCAAACCAUUUUCGUUUUUUCAGACUGAUGUAAUUCACAAUUAAAAUGUUUAUUUAUUCAGACUCUUUAUAUUCCUUAUUCAACUUUGCAUAUAAUGUCUUAUGAAUACAAUAUGUUGUAUUUGUUUUUAUUGCUAUGUGAGCUUAGUCAAUGCAAUGCUAUACUACUGUAGAAAUGUCACUAGAAAUAUACAGAGGUUUAUAUUGGCUGCAAGACUAGUCCUCCUCACCAUCCUCAUUAUUAAAGGAAUAGUUCACCUCAAAAUGAAAAUUUGCUAAAAAUGUACUCACCCUCUGGUAAUCC